AUGAAAUUCACAUUCAAGGCACCAUUUGCGAGCUUUCUCAAGUACAAACCAGGCAAGUUCAAUUUCAGCUUGGAGCAGCAAAUACGCCAGAAACUAGACUCGUUGCCCUCCGUGACUCGAAUCUACUCAAAUCCAGAUGGCACUCCCCGUGUACCCUCGGACGAGGAGUUUAAAACCAUAGCGGAUUUGCAAAACAUGUACUAUAAAAGAAAUUACUCAGAGUGGAACUACAUCUUACCUGGAGUACCAAAGGACCAAUUGAAGCUAUUUGAAGACAAUUCUCAGGACUUGAACCAUUUCCAAUUUGUCACUAAGGACGCGGGUGUCAUUAUCGACAAGAUCCCUUACAAGGAUGAACAAACCGGCACUUUGAAAUGGAAGAUUGUGAGAGAGACUCCCAAGGCAGAAGGCUGGGAAAUCCCUUAUUUCUACAUUGUGUUGCCCGUCUUUGCCUAUAUUCUUUAUGUGAAGUACCAAGCGCAAAUGAAGGCUAGAGAAGUUGAAGGUCCCGAGUGGGCCGAGAAGGAAUUGAGAUUGAGAGCCAUGGAAGAGUACUUCCAUGGUGAUACUGCCAAAGCUAAGGAAUUCUUGAGCAAUGAGAACAAGUCAGAACGGGAAAUCAGGGAUAGAGACGAUUUGGUUGUGGCUAGAAUUUUGGCCGGAGAUUAUGACAAGUUGGCUCAAUUGAAGAAGAAAAAAUCGUUGGAUUUGGUCAAAGUGAAUGAGGACCCAAUAUUUAAAUAUUAG